AUGUUGUACGGCAAGAGAGGGGGCCACCAUAUUGCCGCCCGCUCCGCCUACCGCCGGAUCCUGUCCGAGUCGGCCCGGAAGCUGAAUUCCCAAGGCUCCCAGCUCGGGAAUUGCAUCGAGAGGGCCCGGCCCUACUACGAGGCCCGCCGGAGAGCCAAGGAGGCGCAGCAGGAGACGCAGCGGGCGGCCCUGCGGUACGAGCGCGCCGUGGGGAUGCACAACGCGGCGCGGGAGAUGGUCUUCGUGGCAGAGCAGGGCGUGGCCGCCGGCAAGAACCGCCUGGACCCCACCUGGCAGGAGAUGCUCAACCACGCCACGCGCAAGGUGGGACACGGGGGGCGUGGGAGGACGGAGCCUGAUCCCCUUCCCGCCGAGGAAAUCGCCAUCAGCUGGCCCCGGAUCACGGCCUUCGCCGAGUCCCACCGCAGACGGGGGCUGGUGUCGGGCGUGGAGGCCGAGGGGGAGCAGGGCCAGCCCGAGCCCACCCAGGUGGCCCCCCCGGGGGUCUCCGGCGAUGGGGGGGUGAAUCCCGACCUCCGGAGGCAGCUGGGGCUCAUCCUGCAAACGGCCGGGAGGACCCAGGUGGAAAAGAUGCUCCGGGAGCUCGUCAGGGAGCAGGGACAGGGCGGGAAGCGCCGGAACCGGAAGAAGGCGCCCAAAGACGGAGGGACGUCCCGGCAGGGGCUGUGGGUCCCUCGAGUGUCCCCAGGGGUGUCUCAGGUGUCCCCAGAGGUGUCCUGGGUGUCCCCACAGGUGUUCCAGGUGUCCCCAGAGGUGUCUCAGGUGUCCCCAGAGGUGUUCCAGGUGUCCCCACAGGUGUCCCCAGAGGUGUCACCACAG